CAAAAAAAAGGUAAUUUCAGCAACGGAGCUGCUCUGCUAUUGCAACGCGGAGAACCAAAUUUGCGGGCAUCCGAAGCGAUGCCGCCGGCGAGGAAGAGCAAAUCGCAGCCGAGCUCGGCCCACUCAACCCGGUCCUCCUCCGCCGUCGACGGCGGCGGCGGCAGCUCCGGCGAGAGCUUCCCUUCUUGCCUGCGCGCCGUCCCUCCCUCCUCCGUCGCCAUCACCGUCCACGCCAAGCCCGGCUCCAAGUCGGCGUCCAUCACAGAUCUCGGCGACGAGGCGGUGGGAGUCCAGAUCGACGCGCCGGCCAAGGACGGGGAGGCCAACGCGGCGCUCCUCGAGUACAUGAGCUCGGUUUUAGGGGUGAAGAAGAGGCAGGUUUCGAUAGGGUCUGGCUCGAAAUCGAGGGACAAGGUGGUGAUCGUGGAGGAGGUGACUGUCAAGAGCGUUUUCGAUGCGCUCACGAAAGCUUCGAAAUGAUGGCAAAUGGUGGGUAGGCGGCAGAGAGGAGAUGAUGGCGCAUACCCAGAUAGCAGAACAACAUACAGAAGAGAUUCGAGUCCUCAACAGAGACCCAGACGGCACCAAGAUUCAGGAGUUGCUGUGUCAAGGUUGUCUCUUUUGUCUUACCAUGUAAAGAUCACGGUGCUUUUGAACUAAAGCUGUGUGAUUUUUGUUGAUGUGCAAUCGUUGUAGCCAGACCGAUGCUGGAGCACACUAGAAAGUGCAGCAUGGGUUUUCAUUUCACCAUGUUGUGUUUUGUACAGACGCGAUUCGAUAGCAAGGUUGAUGGUUCUCGAGCCAGUUGUUGUU